GUCAAAACUCAAAUACAGAACACACAAUUAAAGUGAACAUAUAAAUUACAUCAAUUUAACAGAGCAAAUUUGUUGGUUUUUCCAUUUCAUUGAGAAUCGGCAUUUCAAUUAUUUGCAUUUAUUUUGACGACAACAGAACGAAUUUUUAAUUGUUACGUGUGCAAGUUAUUGUUUUCAUAGUAUAUAAUUCGAACGACGUUUACACAUUAAAAAAAAUAUGGGUGGACUUUUCAGUUAUUUUCGUGGAUUGUUGGGCUCAAGGGAAAUGCGUAUACUGAUCUUAGGUUUGGAUGGUGCGGGCAAAACGACAAUUUUGUAUCGAUUGCAAGUUGGUGAAGUAGUGACCACAAUUCCAACGAUCGGUUUCAACGUUGAACAAGUUACAUACAAAAACCUCAAGUUUCAAGUCUGGGAUUUAGGCGGUCAGACCAGUAUUCGGCCGUAUUGGCGAUGUUAUUACAGUAAUACAGAUGCAAUAAUCUAUGUAGUCGAUUCGGCCGAUCGUGAUCGAAUAGGCAUUUCCAAAGAUGAACUAUUAUACAUGCUAAGAGAAGAUGAACUUGCCGGAGCAAUUUUAGUCGUAUUAGCGAAUAAACAGGAUAUGCAAGGUUGCAUGAGCUUGGCCGAAGUGCACAGAGAGCUUGGCUUAGAUGCGUUGAAAGAUCGUACAUUCCAAAUAUUCAAGACGUCGGCCACAAAAGGCGAAGGUUUAGACGAAGCAAUGGACUGGCUAUCAAACGCACUUCAAGCUAGAAAAUAAUUAUUUAGAACCAACAUCCCAAGCUCUAUUUUGCCGAAACGAAUAACAAUUGUUUUCAUACAACAUUUUUGAUUGAAGCAUCCAAACAAAGAAAAAAAAACGAAAAAAAAAAGAAAUUUAGUGUGUUGUCCAAUAUAAGUAUAAUAUGAGUUAAAAACAAACCAGCACCAAGAACGAACACUUAAAUUACUUAAGGUAAAUUUAGCGAGAGAAAAAGAAAUGAGAAAAAAAUAAAAAAAAACAAAACAUUCAAUGUUUAA